AUGCAGGACUACGCGGAGUCGGUCAGUGUCAUCCUCGGCCAGCGCGAGGAGCUCCGGGCUUUGGUCGUGGCCGGCGAGUGCUUCGAGCGCCAGGCGCAGGCAGGUGCAGGACGCUGGAUUGGGAAUUCAAAGCAUUUCCUCGAAGAGGAGAAAUUCCGACGGCGUUUCGUGCGUCAGUACCCCGAGCUCCGGGACAAAAUGAUUGAGUCCAUCGAAGCUUGGGAGACGGCUGAGGAAAAGACCUUCCUGCACAAUGGCAUUGCGUUGGGCGCGCGGCUCCGUGAAGCCCGGGACCACGGCGUGGCCCUGGCCAGUGCUCAGGGAGACCUGAGCAUCAUGUCGGUUCUGCUGCAUAUCCUCGCCGUGACGGAAGAGAACUUGCCAAUAUCACCAUCUGCGAAGAGCAGCAAAUCGCCAACGCCGAAGUCGAAGGGGUCAAAGGGCGGUGCACUUCAACUUCCUCAGUCCAAUUCCGGGACUUCACUUGCCCGGGCAAGCUCGGAAUCCGUUAUUCCCCGGAGAUCGCCUUCGCCACAACGGAGAGGCAUUAAGCGACAGCAGUCAGCUGCAGACCUCACCGUCCGACUUCCUCCCAUCGGCAAGGUCUGA